AUGCAAUCGAUCGAUGAAACCAAGGAGAUAUCAUUCUAUCUAGAGUGAUAUCUUCUUGAUGAAACAAAUAAGACGAAAAUGGUGAAGAAACGCGUAGCUUAUUACGUGACGAUCUUGCAGAAAAGAUGUUAGCGUAUAUCUAUCAGAAUAAAAGAACUUAAUGUUGGCACUGUAAAAACUGCAUUACUCGUGAAUUUGUUUCGCAUUUCUGAUGUCUUAUUAUUAUUAUUGCCAAUACGUGGAAAACCAAGAUGCUCUAUCAGAACAACGAUAUGGAUCAAAUCAUGUGAUCAGAACAAAUCACGUGAUCAGGCCUUAUGCGCGCGCGUACGUGCUCGUCACAAAAUUUAUCCUCCCCGUCCGACUCCAACGAAAAAAUCGGUCGUCCUAUUUUAUUUCAAGAAAGUCUUUAGUGCGAGAGAGAUCAUCUUUUAAAAUGGCAACUCAGCACCGUUACACCUACACCGGCGAAAAUAAGAUAUCAAUGAAGGGUCCAGGUUUCCAUCUUGAACUCGAUUCAUCUAGCACGACUAAGAUCUCAUUUUCUGUUCAUAAAAAUGAAGUAGAAAUCGUGCUGAAAAUGAAGGAAGAAAAAGAGGUCUUGACAGUCGGUGUACAGCCUGAGGACGAAAGAAACAUCGGAGUGGGACUAGACACUGCUCCCGAAACUUCGGGGACGGAGACAAGCGAUGAAGAAAUGUCCGAGAUAGGACCUCUGCGAUCCGAGGAAGGGAGGCAAGUUUAUCUGGGAUUGCCAGAGGAGUAAUCACGGAUCAUAAUUAGCUUGGAGAGGGGAGGGGAGGGGACAGUAGGGGAUAGAGUGAAUUGUAAGACAAUAUAUCUAAUGAAGGGAGGCAAGUUUCUCUGGGAUUGCCAGAGGAGUAAUCACGGAUCAUAAUUAGCUUGGAGAGGGGAGGGGAGGGGACAGUAGGGGAUAGAGUGAAUGGUAAGACAAUAUAUCUAAUGAAGGGAGGCAAGUUUCUCUGGGAUUGCCAGAGGAAUGAUCACGGAUCAUAAUUUGCUUAAAGAGGAGAGGGAGGGAGCAGGAUGGGGUAUGGGUAAAUGGUUAGACAAUCCCGUACUUCCCCAAAAAUGCAUUUAUGCACUAUUUCCUGAGAUAAACGCCUGAAAUACUUUACUACAAUCGCCUUGUGCUUCAUUUAAUCACGUUUUUCCAAAAAAAAAAGCUCUCUAGAGCUAAAAGCAAUUUGUUUUUGGUGUCUAUCUUAUCAUUGACUGUUAUCUUAAUGGGAGUGGCACCUAAAAUCAAAUAAAUAUUUUCAUUCUUUUAUUCAUUUCUAACAGAAAAUAUAUAAAAUAAUGAAAUAUGUUGGUUUGCAUUUCAAACUGAGAAGUAGAUAAAUUUACUAAUACAUAUUCAUCAUUUAUUUAUGAAUAACGUCAAUCAAUCAUCAUACACCUUGUAUAUUAAGAUGUAAUAUCUGAUGAAAUAAGGGAUCCACAAAACAGCAUAGUGUGUAUGAUAAUGUGGAAAAGAAACAAAGGCAUUUUCGAAUGGCUUGACUCAGAGCAAGAACGGGGGGGGGGGACUCCACCAGCUGAUAAAAAAGUCUGAGACCGUUGUACCUAAAUGUAUCUUUGGUUUUAAAGUACUGUACUUAAUUAUGUGUUAGUCGUUAAGUCUUUCAUAGAACUUUUUCAUUUGUAUCUUCGAUUUUUCAGGUUACCUGCCUAUAGGUCUGGUAUACCAGGCCUGGGCCCCGUCUUACAAAGAGUUACGAUUGAUCCGAUCAUCGUAACUCUAUGAAAAUCCAUCUGUGUCAUAAAUUUUUCCACAGGAAAUUUGCAAAAUGUCCUUUGUAAAUAAAGGGGAGCACACUGAAUUACCAAAAAAAUAAUGAAUUUAUGAAUAUCACAUCUUGAAAAUAUUUUAAACAAACAUUCAUUUUAGAUAUUGGCCUUGCUGGCUUUCCAUAGUUGCGAUUGAUCAUCGGAUCGAUCGCAACUCUUUGUAAGAUGGGCCCCAUGUAUAUCAUUCGUUUUUGUAAUGUAUAUAUUUUUUCAUAUUCGCGUAGUGACAGUUAAGAGGUUCUAUAUUAAUUAUGAAUAUAAUUAUCUUUGUCGUGUUUCUAUACUCUAGACAUAUGAAAAUAUUUUUGUAAACUGAUUAAUUUUAUCAUGUUUAUGUUUGGUUUGGAAAGAUUCAAGGGCGAUGCCAGAAUAGAAUUCUUAGGUUAAGGAGAAGUGGGGGAAGGGGGGGGGGGUAGGGUCGCUAGAUAAAGAGGAGUAUAUGAUGUAGAUAGUACCAAAUUCAUUAUUUUUCAUUAGAAAUAAGGAGUCGAUGGGAUGGGGUAAACUAUAAUCACGGAUUUUCGCCGGUGUUCGAUUGAUGUGAUACCAAUUGAUACGAUUUUGAUUCACAUGAUAAUUAUGUAGGGGGAUCAGUUUUCCACCACAAUACAGUUGUCAAUCAAAUUACAUGAAUAUUCAUAAUUAUUCAACUACUUUGAUAUGUGUAAUGAAUUGUUAUAUUUCAUAUGCAAUUCAGAGUGGAGUUUUGAAUAAUUACUUUUGAUAGAUGCUACAAUUAUUUUUGUUCUUAUUGUGAAAAUAAAUAAAAUGAAAAUGAAAUGAAAUAAAAUUAAAUUGAUUUAGGUUUCAUUUGGUGGGAGCAUGGUUAUUAUCCCUCAUUGUGGUGUCGCGACUGAUAGUAUAUAACAAUGAGUGAAAGGAAAUUGUUCUGUAUAACAAUGCCUAAAAUUAAAUCAUAUCUUAUAACAAUUGCUGAAAUGAUAUAACAAUGAAAUAAUAUUUUCAGUUAGUGA